AUGUCAUUAUCAUCACCAACAAAACCCAAGGUACCACCACCAACAACAACACUGUUACCUUCACCAUCUUCACCAUCAUUGAAAUUAUUCAAAUCUAAAAGAAAAUUAAAGAAUGUUAAAAAUUUGACUAUUAUUGGUCCAUUAAGUGAACAACAACCCGGUAAAAAUGUUAAAGUAAUAUCAUCAUCAUCAUCAUCAUUGGUAUCACCUAUUACUCCACGAAUGUCAAACAUUCCAAAAACUCCAAAAACUCCAAAAACUCCAAAAAAGACAAAUGGAUCAUCAUCAAUAAUUACUGAAAUACAAUCUAUACCCAUACCAAGAAUAACGAAAACCUUAUUACCAACAACAACAACAACAACAACAACAACAACAACAUCUUCAACGUCAUUAGAGAAAACCUUAUCAAUGCCAAUAUUAUUUAAUCAAGAGAAAGAAAAGCAUGCAAAAAUUCCCCAACCAGAUGAAAUUGAUAAUAAUAAUAAUAAUAAUAACAAAAAUUCAAUUGAUUUAACUAAUAAAAGUAUUAUAUUAAUAACAAAAUAUGAUUUUAUUAGUGACACUGACAAUGACACUGACAAUGACAAUGACAAUGAAACUAAAAAUCAUUUAAAUAUAAAGGCUAAACAAUUUUUAAAAUUAUUGAAAAAAAUCGGUAAUGGAUGGUUAUUAGUUCAUGAUUUAUAUGAUAAAACUAAAAUAGGAUUAAUACCUGCUUCUUAUGUUGAUAUUGCUUUAAAUGAUCCUCUUGAACCAAUUAAAUUAACUUGGUUAUAUGAAUAUAGUAAACAAUCACUACCACUACCACUACCACUACCAACACCAACACCAACACAACCACCACCACCACCACUUUCACAAUUAUCAUUAUCAACUCAAUCUACAAAACAAUUAGGAAUUGAAAAAACUUUAAAUGAACCACCCAUAAUAUUAGAAAUUGAAAAUGAUAAACCAAAAUUAUUAUUUCAAAUUGAUGAAAUUUUUUAUAAUAAAUUGAAUAAAUCAUUUUGGUAUAAAAUCAAAUUUUUUGAUAAUUUAAAUGAUCAAAUCAUUUAUUUAGGGAAAUUUUAUAAUGAUUUUUAUAAAUUACAUGAUGGAAUUAUAUUACAAUAUAAUAAUAAAAAUAAAGAUUUCCCAAUUAAAUUACCACCACCAAUAUUAAGAAAUUCUUUAUAUCAUUCUCCUAAUGUGAAAUUUGAUAAAAAUUUAAUUGAAAAUUCUUUUAAAUUAUCUAAUAAAUUAAAUGAUUAUUUAAAUCAAUUAAUAAUUUAUUGGCCAAAUAUUUUAAAUGAAUGUUAUAAAUUUCAUGAUUUCAUUUAUAAUUCUAAUAAUAUAAUUGUUAAUACUAAUACUAAUAAUAAUAAUAUUAUUGAUGAUGAUAUACCUACCAAUAUAACUAAUGAAACUAUAAUUAAAACAUUUUAUCCUAAUUCAAUUAUUAUUAAUAAAAAUAUUCAAGAUAAUUCAGUUACUUUUUCUAAAACUGCUCCAUUACCAAAAUUACCAUCAACCAUUAAACAACAACAACAACAACAACAACAACAACAACAAUAUAACAAUAUCAGACCAAUAUCGAUCAAUACCACUAGUACUACCAUUAGCAAUAAUAAUGGAAAUCUUGUUAGUCCAAUCACCAAAACUAGACCAGUUAUAUCUCCUACUACUACUACUGCUAAUAAUAAUAAUAAUCGAAUUUUUAGAUUACCUGAUCAAUAUAUUAAUAAUUCAACAUAUAUUGAUCAACUUAGUAAGAAAAUUCGUGAUAAUACUAAUACUACUACUAUUAAAUCAAAAGAUAAUAAAGAUCUUGAUAAUUUAUCUACUAUUGUUCAUUCAGAAAGUAAUAAAUCAUUAUUUAGUUAUACAUCAAUAAUUAAUACUUAUAAUAAUCAUAAUGUUGGUGUUGAUGAUAUCACUAAUGUUGAAUUAUCACAAUCAUCACAAUCAUCACAAUCAUCAUCAUCAUUAUUAUUAGAAACAAAUAAUGAUAAUAAUAUUGAUAGUAAUAAUGAUAAUCAAAUUCCAGAUACUUCAAUUAAUGAAAUCCAAAAAAACAACAACAAUGACGAUGUCAAUGUCAACGACAAUAAGUUAUUAGAUAAUUUUUCAAAUUUAUUAUUAUUAUCAUCAUCAUCACCUUCUUCUUCAUCACCACCUUCUUCUUCUUCAUCUUUAUUACCAAAGAUUCAUUCUAAUAAGCAACAACAUCAAAAAAUUAAUUCUCUUUUACAAUUGGAUUGUCAUAGAUUAGAUAAUCAUCAACGAAUAAAUUCAAUUCAAAGUGAACCUGAAGAAAGUAUAUUUGAUCAUAAUCCACAUCAGCAUCAACAUUCACAUCAACAUCAACAUCAUUCUGAUCAUUAUUCUUGUUAUUAUUAUUAUUAUCGUCAAAAUCACAAUCAUAAUCGAUAUUGUAGUAGUUGUACUACAGCAACUAAUCAUAGUUCAAAAAUGAAUUCACCUUCAACUACUCCAUUAACAAUAUAUUCUCAAGAUCAAGAUGAAUCAGGAGGAGGAAAAGAAGGAGGAAAAGAAGGAAUAGCAAUAUUUGAAAAAUUCCCUACUCAAAACAUCAACAUUACAAUAGAUAAACCAUUACCUAAAUUACCAUCAACUCCAACUUUAACAAAAACAACAACAACAAAAACAAAAACAACAAACACAAAAGUCAAAUCUAUGAUAAUAAAUUCAUCAAAUAUUAUUCCUGUUACUGAACAAUCUGCGAAAACUUAUUCUUAUAAUAAUGGUAAUAAUAAUAAUGAUAAUAAUAACAAUAAUAAUUCAUUAGUUUUAUCUUCAUCACCAUCACUUUCUCCAUCCAAUAAUUCAUUAUCAGGUUCAACUUCAACUUCAACUUCAACUUCAGCUUUAGCUUUUUCUACCACUUCUUCUCCAUCUUCUCCUCAUGGUUCAUUUUUCGAAGUAUCUAUGAAUAAUAUAAUUCAUGAAUUAGAUGAAUUUAAAUUCGCCUUAGAUUCUAAACCACCACCACCAUCACCACUAUCACCACCAAUAAUUGAUAAUACCAUUACCACCACCACCACCAAGUCAGAUAAAAUUCAAAUUGAAGUUUAUUUAAAUAAAAUAGAUAUAAAUUCUAUUGAAUCAAAUGAUAUAAUUAAAUUUCAAUUAUUUAAAUAUGAUAUAUUAUCAAUUGAUUAUUUAAAAAAAAUUAUUAGUUUUAAAAUGUAUAAUGAUUAUGAAUUAUUAAAUCAUUUUAAUUUAUUUUUAUUAUUAUUAUCAUCAACAUCAACAGAACUCAAAGACAAUACUAUUACUGCUACUACAAUUGAUGAUAAUGAUAUUAAAUUGGUUUUACUUGAUGAUGAUGAUUAUUUAAUAAAUUAUAUUAAUAAUGAAUCAAUUAUUAAAUUGAAUUUAAUUAGAUCAAGAGCUAAAAGAGAAACUAUUUCUUAA